GCAUCCUCACUGGCAAUUUUUAUUUGAACUAAUUAAUCAUUAACGGGGGUGCUCUGCUUAAUCCUGUUCAAUGGUACUGAAGAGAAGGAGCAGACGAGACCAGAUGGACACAACAAGAUCCUUUUUGUAGCACCAAACAGUUAAAAGGAAAAUGAAGCCCACCUUCUCCUUGUGUUUGUUGCUGGCUGGUUUGUACACUCUUGCCCAGGGUCAUCAGCAUCCUCGUUACCGCAAUAAGCAGGAUGAUCCUAAAGGGACACGUUACCCAGGACGCCGUUCUCACGGAGAAGGAUUUUAUCCAGUCAAGAACAAAACCUUUGUCAAAAUAGUUCCCAGCAAUGCUGACUUUGCAUUUUCGUUUUACAAGCUGGUCGCAUCCGAAGCAACCAACCAAAAUAUUUUCUUUUCACCCAUAAGCAUCUCUGCUUCCUUUGCGAUGCUGGCACUCGGUGCCAAGUCAGCGACGCUGACACAGAUUCUGGAAGGGCUUGCCUUUAACCUGAAAAAGACUCAGGAGCAGGAAAUACAUGAAGGUUUUUGCCAACUCCUCCGCAUGCUGAACCGUUCAGACAGUGAGCUCCAGCUGAGCCUGGGCAAUGCCCUUUUUAUAGAAGAGACACUAAAACCACUACAGAAGUUCUUGGAUGAUGUCAAAAGCUUUUACGAAUCUGAAGUCUUUUCUUCUGACUUUAACAACUCCUCUGGUGCUGAGAAUCAGAUCAACAGUUAUAUAGAGGAAAAGACAAAUGGGAAAAUUGUUAAACUAGUGGAAAACCUUGAUCCUCUCACUGCAAUGGUUCUUGUUAACUAUGUCUUCUUUAAAGCCCACUGGGAGAAACCCUUCAGUACUUCAUAUACAAAACAGGAGGAUUUUUUUGUGGAUCAGGAAACGUCUGUAAAAGUUGACAUGAUGUACCGAAAGGGUUACUACAGAAAUUACUUUGAUGAGGAUCUGUCCUGUUGGCUGGUUCAGAUACCUUACAACGGGAAUGCUGCAGCAUUAUUUGUUUUGCCCGACGAAGGGAAGAUGAAGCAGGUGGAAGAUGCUCUUUUGAAAAAGACUGUGUCUAAAUGGGAAAAGUCCCUCCAAGACAGAAAAAUACAUCUGCACAUUCCAAAAUUUUCUAUUUCUGGUACCUAUGAUGUGAAAAGGAUAGUCAAACAAGUGGGUAUGAUUGAUGUGUUCACUGAACAAGCUGAUCUGUCAGGGAUUACUGAGGAGCCUGGACUGAUGGUUUCAAAAGUGAUCCACAGAGCGGUGCUAAAUAUUCAUGAGAAUGGCACAGAAGCAGCAGGGGCCACGGUGAAGGAGAUUACCUGGAGAUCUGGAGAUUUUCCCCAUCCACCUCGAGUCAGAUUCAACAGGCCCUUUCUCCUGGUGAUUCUGGAUAAAUACACCCGCACUGUCCUCUUCAUAGGGAAAAUCAUAAACCCUUUGAAAAAUGACUGAUUGACCAGAGGACAUGGACUUACACACUUUGCUGGCUAAAUUCCUGUGAUCCAGCAAAACAUUUAUGUGUACCUACCGCUACGCACUAGUGCUUGUCUUUCGGCCAUUAUCCUUAUACACAUUAUUAAUCCCUUAAAAAUACACACUAUUUUUCCUUGUCCAAAAGUCACUGGUAUUUCCCCCAAGCCUACAGCUGGGUCUGGCUUGUAGCGUUAACAAAAUACAAGUCACUUUUCGCCAGUUUUGUAAGAAGCCCCUUCUCACAUGCUCCUGUGGGGUGUUUGAGAUGGUUUAAAGUCUCCGGAUGAUGUAGCUGUUGCUGUACACUCCCAGUGUGUGUACGGGAGAGCAGGAGAAGGGAAACAGGGAAAAGGAGGUGCGAGGUAUACGUCGUGUCUGUUUAAUACACUGACCUUUGAUGACUAGUCUUAAAUGCAGAUUCCCUUAAUAUUGGAGUGAAUGUCCAUUAAUUUUGUUGGCUUUUAACCAAGUAUGGUGUGAAUCUGCCCUCCCUCUGUCUCCUCCUCAGUGGAAGCCCUCCUCACGAAGACAAGAAGGUUGUUUUUGCUUUACAAAUAAUGUUUAUUCUACUAAGGAAGGACGCCAUACCAGCAAAAAGACUUUCUGUUUUAUCAUGCUAAUAUAACUAUUAUUGCCAAUGCCUGAGAUAAAAGUACGGCGGAGCAGUCCAUGACAUAGAA